UUUUUUUUUAAGUUGCCGGGAUGUCACGUGUCCGUGCUACUUAUAUCAGUCCUACUUAUAACUUCUAUUCGAUCAAAUAAACCACAUGUUGCAAAUAAACCAUUCCAUUUUCGUUAACCAAAUUCGACACUCUCGUUGACCUCCAUACAAAAACUCAUCGCUAGGUGAGUGGGAAAAAACGCCAACUGCUGGAGAAGACAGGUUUUGGGCAAAAUUAUACCCUUCGCUUUGCCUUUUACUCUGCUAUACAGGCGCCAUACUGAAUCGAUUCAAUUAUGCUGAGCCGCAAGACACCGGUCUAUGGCCAGUGAGGUGAACGGGCAAAAGUGGUGAGGGAGGAGUGUCCUUAUCAAAUCUAACAGUAAUCUGCACCGCUCGGCCAUGUUGUCAACGAGGCAGCAUGGUGCAUGCCAAAAAUAUACAUCUCUUUUACAUUAAAUAUAUGCUUGAAUUUUAAAACUAGUUUUCAUUGGGAAGGCAGAUAAAGCGUUUUAUUCAAAAGCAAUCACGUUUGCAUGUUAAAACACAGAAUUCUACUCAUUAUUCAUCUUGCAUAAUGACAUCACUUUUGUUUUGCGCCGACUUCGCCGUGGGCUUUGAACGGGGCACCUGGCUCACGCCCGGGGGUUAGACCUUUUCCAAAACGAAUGCAAUCAACUUUCACCCUGUGCAAAACACGCCUACCAUGGCAAUAUUAAUCGAAUCCCCUCACUGUUACACGCUUUCUGACGUUCCACCUAGGGAGGGCUAGAGACCUGACUGGAGAAGCACGGUUGUCUGACAAGAGACGGUUUCUUGGUCUGCUGCUAGCCUUGCGGUUUGAGUUCCAGAGUUAGAGCAAACGUGUUUGAUAGCUUCAUUAAUCUAUUGUAAAACUAAAUAGCUUCGAACUGUUAAACCGUCUGUUAAUUUGCACAAACUGUGGUAGCUAGCCGAACCCCUCAGACCGUUAACACAUUCUUCUGAGUGAAGAGGAGACACUGAGCUAGCUAUCUAUUUAAGACACGUAGAAAGCUAACCGGCUGGCUGGCUAGUACAUUUACUAAUUCAAACGUUCUACCUCAUCGGGGAGAGACAGAACCGUUAUCCAGCGAUAUCAACAACUACCUUAUUGAACAUCUACCGUUGCAUUGAGAUAACAAGUACAUCUGCAAUAUUUUCGAAUUUGGGCACCAUGUUUAAAAGGGAUGGCAAGAAGGACCCAGAACUAUUCCAAAAUGUCUCUGAAGGGCUGAAAAAACUGUACAGGACCAAACUCUUUCCAUUGGAAGACACCUACCGCUUCCACGAUUUCCAUUCACCCGCUUUGGAAGAUGCCGACUUUGACAACAAGCCUAUGGUGCUCUUGGUUGGCCAAUACUCUACAGGUAAAACCACCUUUAUCCGGCAUCUAAUGGAGCAAGAUUUCCCCGGCAUGCGGAUAGGGCCCGAACCGACCACCGACUCCUUCAUAGCGGUCAUGCAUGGAGAGCAGGAGGGGCUGAUCCCAGGCAACGCACUAGUAGUUGACCCCAAGAAACCCUUCAGAAAACUCAACGCUUUUGGCAAUGCUUUUCUUAACAGGUUUGUGUGUGCUCAGAUGCCCAACGCUGUAUUGGAGAGCAUCAGCAUCAUCGACACCCCAGGAAUCCUGUCUGGAGAGAAGCAGAGGCUCAGCAGAGGUUAUGACUUUGCUGCAGUGCUGGAGUGGUUUGCAGAACGCGUUGACCGCAUCAUCCUGCUCUUCGACGCCCACAAGCUGGACAUCUCAGAUGAAUUCUCUGAGGUGAUCCGCGCCCUGAAGAACCAUGAGGAUAAGAUGCGGGUGGUUCUGAACAAGGCUGACCAGAUUGGCACGCAGCAGCUGAUGAGGGUCUAUGGCGCCCUCAUGUGGUCUCUUGGUAAAAUUGUUGGCACUCCAGAGGUGAUCCGGGUGUAUAUCGGUUCUUUUUGGGCUCAGCCGCUCCUGGUCCCAGACAACCGGAAGCUUUUUGAGGCUGAGGAACAGGACCUUUUCAAGGAUAUUCAGGGGCUGCCUCGGAAUGCUGCUCUGAGGAAGCUCAAUGACCUCAUCAAGCGGGCUCGCCUCGCCAAGGUCCACGCUUACAUUAUCAGCUCUCUAAAGAAGGAGAUGCCCAAUAUGUUUGGGAAGGAUAAUAAGAAGAAGGAGCUGAUCGCCAACCUCGGGGAGAUCUACACGAGGAUUGAGAAAGAGCACCAGAUCUCACCUGGAGACUUCCCCAAACUAGCUAAGAUGCAGGAGAUCUUGGCAAACCAGGACUUCAGUAAGUUCCAGGUGGUGAAGCCCAAGCUGCUGGAGGCCGUUGAGGACAUGCUAGCCAAUGACAUCGCCAAACUCAUGACCCUCGUCCGCCAGGAGGAGGCAGCCAUGCCCAGUCAGUCAGUCCAAGGUGGUGCCUUCGAGGGCACCAUGAAUGGGCCCUUCGGCCAUGGCUACGGCGAGGGUGCAGGUGAGGGCAUUGAUGAGCUGGAGUGGGUGGUGGCACGAGACAAACCCACCUACGAUGAGAUCUUCUACACCCUGUCUCCUGUCAACGGCAAAGUGUCUGGUGCCAUGGCCAAGAAGGAAAUGGUGAAGUCCAAGCUGCCCAACACAGUGCUGGGGAAGAUCUGGAAGCUGGCCGACGUAGACAAGGACGGUUUCCUGGACGACGAAGAGUUUUCCCUUGCCAAUCACUUGAUCAAGGUGAAGCUUGAGGGUCACGAGCUUCCCACUGACCUGCCAGAACACCUUAUCCCCCCCUCCAAAAGGGGACUGUAGAAUUGGAAAUCUGUCAUAUAUGGCAUUGGAAUAGGCCUGAACAAGUAGAAUGGUGCUUAGAGGUGUUUGGGAGAGCUGAGUGGAUGGGAUGAGCUAAAAGGGUUAGUAUUUUCGGCCAGGGUAAAUGUGACUGUUAAGUGGGUGUUCGAUAGCAAACCGCCUAGAUAAGGUGUUGUGGGGUAUGGGAAUGUGACAUAAAUUGUGGUGUUGGGGUUAAAGUAAUGUUAGCCUGUAUAUGACAAUUGGCAUAGUCCAUUCAAAAAUAGAAAAAGAGAAAUAAACAUGUUUAACUUAUUCAUCACCUGUGAAUCCCUGAUCUUUAUUAUAUUUCUCAUCAUUUUCAUAAGGCCUUUGAUGUCAUUUGUGCUCAAUCGCAUUUAAAUUUCUCAUUGGGCCAUGUCCAAAAGUGAAUUCAAUUUAUUCCUUUGAUAAAAAAUGUCUCGUAUAAGAGGGUUUGUAUACUUCUACAGGUCACUCAACAAAUCAAAUGAUUAAAGAAAUAAGGGACGCUCAUAACAAAUAUAUGCUGGGGAAAAUUAUAUUUAAUCCUUGUCUUCCAUUAAGUUCGAUAUGAUUUCUCUAAGUUUAGUCAAUUGUUUAUUCUACUUACAAACAUUUAAUCAAAAUAUAUCAUUUCUAAUCAAAACAAUGUGUAUGUUUAGCUUUUCUAAAGCCAUUAUAAAGCAAAGUGUUCUUUGAGUCUGAAAACAAGAGUUGCAGAAGCACAGGCACCCAUGGAAAGAAAAAAGCCUGAGCCUUUUGGGUAAAACACUGGCGUCUUCAAAGGAAAUGUGGCUUUAAAGUCUGAAAACAAGAGUUGCAGAACUACAAAUAUAGGGCUACCUGUUGGCAGGGCAAAUAUUGGUCACCCCAUAAUGAAUGAUAACAAUAGACAAGGUAUUCGUGUUCGUCCCAGCAUGCCAAACACUUCUGCUUUGUUCUCUUGUGUAGACUCAACUGACAUGCAGAUGGUACAUCAACCUUACAUUUAUCUGAACUUCUCAUUAAUUGAUUAAUAAGUUCAGAUUGUUGUGCCUCCUAUUGUCACGGACUUGUAGAUUUAUUAGAUCACAGACAAACGUUUGUCUUGGACAACAUUGCCUAGCUCCUGGUGUCUUUAACAGCUGUCUCCUGUAAACCAUUUUGUCCAAAAUUAUGAAAUCUGUGACAUUUAAGCUACAUUUUGCCAUUUCAGUCAAUUUAUCAUAUGGAUUUUUUUUUUCUGAUAUUGUCCAGAUCUAGUUGGGCAUACAGUAUGCAUUAACAAAAUGUCUGAUCAAAUAUAUUUAUGGAAAACCAAUUAACUGAUUUUAGGGGACAGACUAGCUUCAAAAUGCCAGUUUGAUCCCUGGCAGUCACAUCUUUGGUUAGCCUUUAAUGACAGUCGCUGUAGACGUUUUUGUAGAAGUGCCUCAACUUUACAGCUCUUAAAUGUUCAUAUGUACAUUGUUUUUAGUCUAUUUUGAAAUAAAAUUGUAUUAUAAUACA